UGUUGUUGUUUUCGGUUUGCGGCCGUCGUCCGCAAUCGGCGACCUUCAGCGGUCAGGGGCGCACGAUCAUUCGGCUCUUGCCUGCGCUACACCGGCGGCAUCAUGUCAUCACAGACAGCCCCUGCGAAGACGAUACCGAAACCCGUGAGGUUUCUGUUCGGUGGCUCUGCCGGGAUGGCAGCCACGCUGUUUGUGCAACCGCUGGACUUGAUCAAGAACCGCAUGCAGUUGAGUGGCGAGGGUGGCAAGUCCAAAGAGCACAAGACAAGUCUGCAUGCCAUCCGCAGUGUCAUCCAGAAAGAGGGCAUCCGAGGGAUGUAUGCAGGGUUGUCGGCUGGUUUGCUGCGCCAGGCAUCCUACACCACUGUUCGCAUGGGAGUGUACACGUCACUCUUUGAGACGUUCAGUAAGGAAGGCAAGCCUCCAGGCUUCCUGGUCAAGGCGUCGAUUGGAAUGGUGGCAGGCGCCGUGGGAGCCUUCUUCGGCACACCUGCCGAGAUAUCUCUCAUCCGAAUGACCGCGGAUGGAAGGUUACCACCAGCCGAGCGUAGAAACUACAAGAACGUGUUCGAUGCGCUUAUUCGGAUUACGAAGGAGGAAGGAGUGUUGACAUUGUGGAGGGGAUGCGUACCGACGAUUGGCCGUGCCAUGGUCGUGAAUGCUGCCCAGCUAGCCUCGUACUCCCAAGCCAAGCAGCUACUACUUAACUCAGGUUACUUCCGUGACAACAUUAUGUGUCACUUUGCUGCCAGCAUGAUCAGUGGUCUCAUCACAACAGCAGCCUCCAUGCCUGUGGAUAUUGCAAAGACCAGAAUUCAGAACAUGAAGACAAUCGAUGGCAAACCAGAGUACAGAGGCGCCAUUGAUGUGCUGACGAAGGUGGUCCGCAACGAGGGCUUCUUCAGCCUGUGGAAGGGCUUCACUCCGUACUACGCUCGGCUGGGGCCCCACACGGUGCUCACAUUCAUAUUCCUGGAGCAGAUGAACAAGUUCUACUACCGCGUCGUCCUCGGAGACACGCAGGGACGAGGAGGACUGUGAGACUCGUCUGAAGCGAGAACAGAAGCCAUAUUGCCAUCUGUCUUUCGUCCCGGCUGGCCAGCAGUCACCUCAUCUACUCUCCCAACUGCUCGCAAGCACACAGUCCACUGCCGCGAGGCAGCAGUCUCUUUCUCUGUGUUGCCGAUCCGUAGAGUCUUUAUCUCGCAUGUCUCGGCACUGCCGUGAAGCAUUUUUGUGGUUGGUUGGCUGUUAGAGGAGAAUAAUAAAGUAUGUAUUCGCAUUUUGGGC